AUGCUUCAAGAACCACGUGGCUGCAAUUGGAGGUCACACGCUCGACGUUUGCGGCGAGUUCAUGCCCCUACCUUCACAUCUUCUGAUCGAACUUCUCUCAGAUGUGCCGCCUGCGGUUGCCACAGUAAAUUCCACGACCGUGACCCAGACAAAUUCCUCACUCACUUCCGACGUGCCUCCACCAUCUCUUCCCCAUCUUCCACCACAGCUGAAAUAAAGUACCAAUGCCACACCGUCAAUUGA